ACUUGCCACCCAAUUCUCCAUUUACUUCCUCUGCUGUAAAGAUGUUCAGUACGGGGAAAAUGAAUCAGCAAUACCUGCCUUUAUUCCUUGCCUCUUGUUUCUUCUUCAUUUCUCUUUCUCAAACUUCCUCUAAUACUUCCUCUCAUCAUCAUUGCCUCCCUGACCAAAGUGCUCAUUUGCUGCAACUAAGACAAGAAUUUGUUGAAAGGAAUUAUUCUGAUUACUAUGAUUAUUACUAUCAUGGUUCUUAUCCAAAGAUGAAGUCUUGGAAGGCAGAUAGUGAUUGUUGUUCCUGGGAUGGGGUCAAAUGUGAUACACAGAAUGGUGAGGUGAUUGGCUUAGACCUGAGCAAUAGUUGGCUUUAUGGGCCUCUCAACUCUAACAGCACCCUCUUCAGUUUUCGUCACCUUCGGAAACUCAACCUUGCCCUCAACAACUUCUCUUCGUCCCCAAUCCCAUCUGAAUUUGGCCAGUUUGUAAGGUUGACCCAUCUCAACCUCUCUCGUUCCUUCUUACAUGGCCGAAUCCCGUCGGAAAUUUCAGGGCUAUCCAAUUUGGUUUCACUUGAUCUCUCUGUCAAUUAUUUUGUUUACUCUGUUGGUGGUGAUUAUUAUGAGAAAUUGUUGGAUCUCAGAAGAAUUGAUCUCGAAGCACUUGUCCAGAACGUGACAUAUUUGAGAGAACUUCAUCUAGAUGAUGUGAACAUUUCGUCGUCACUACCUCAAUCCCUAGCAAACUUGUCUUCUUUGACUUCUCUUUCUCUGUCUUCGUGCUAUUUGCAGGGCAAAUUUCCCUCAGAUAUUUUCCUGUUGCCCAAGAUACAAGCCAUUGAUAUGUCAUUUAACCAAGAUCUUGUUGGUUUUCUUCCCAAAUUCCGAUCCCGUAGUUCCUUAAAGGAAUUGCAUCUCUCUUUUACAAAAUUUUCUGGGGAAUUGCCUAGUUCGAUCAGCAACCUCAAGUCCUUGAAUUAUUUGGAUCUUUCUUAUACAAAGAUUUCUGGUGAAUUGCCCAGUUCAAUCAGCAACCUCAAGUCCUUGAAUUAUUUGGAUCUUGGUUCAUGUAAUUUUUUAGGGACAAUUCCCCCGUCUAUUGGAAACCUAUCACAGCUUACUCAUCUUUCCCUCUCAGAUAACAAUUUCCAAGGUCAGCUUCCAUCUAUAUUAGGAAACCUCAAGUCCUUGAAUUAUUUGGAUCUUCAUUCAAGUAAUUUUUCAGGGGCAAUUCCCCCAUCUAUUGGAAACCUAUCACAGCUUACUCAUCUUUUCCUCUCAUAUAACAAUUUCCAUGGUCAGCUUCCAUCUACAUUAGGAAACCUCAAGUCCUUGAAUUAUUUGGAUGUUUCUUCAAGUAAUUUUUCAGGGGCAAUUCCCCCUUUUAUUGGAAACCUAUCACAGCUUACUUAUCUUUCCCUCUCAUAUAACAAUUUUCAUGGUCAGCUUCCAUCUACAGUGGGAAACCUUGCAAAACUCACUUCUCUGAGACUUGACAAUGUCCUUUACUAUUGGGAAGUACCAUCUUUCUUGGGAAAUCUUACACAAUUAGAAGACUUAAGCCUUUCGAAUAACAAUUUUGACUGUGGCUUCCCAAUUUGGCUAACAAAUAUUACUACCCUCCGUUCCAUAAAUUUCUACAGAAAUCAUUUGAAAGGCCCAAUCCCAUCUGAAAUAGGUAGACUUUCUAAUUUGUCUAUGCUUGACUUGUCUCAUAACUCUCUCACAGAGGCCAUUCCCUCGGUUUUGUUUACAAUCCCUUCAUUGUCUUCACUAUAUCUAGAUCAAAAUCAGCUCAUUGUCCCUCUCAAAUUCCAAAAUAACUCUUUAUCACCAUUACAUUCCCUUGAAUUGAGUGGAAACAAAAUGAGUGAAUCGUUUCUAAGGUCAAUUGUCAAUUUCACUAAGCUACAAAGGCUGUCACUUUCUUCAAUCAACCUAAAGGGCAUGGUGGAAUUGAACAAUUUCUUCCAGCUUAAAGAGCUUCAGUAUCUCGAUCUUUCAGGUAACAAAGUAUUUGUUUCAAAAGUAAACAUCAGUUCAACCCUCCCCAAAUUUUCAUAUUUGUGGUUGUCUUCAUGCAAUUUGUCUAAAUUUCCAACUUUUCUAGAAGCCCAAAAUGAAUUGGAAUAUUUAGAUCUUUCCAACAACAACAUUGAAGGUAACAUACCUAAAUGGUUUUGGAAUGUUGGAAAAGAGACAUUGGGAUACCUAAAUCUUUCCUAUAACCUUUUACGCAAAUUUGAGCAACCUCCAGUAGUUCUUCCAUGGAAAAAUAUGUACCUUUUAGACUUGAGUUCCAACAUGUUGCAAGGGUCAUUUCCUAUUCCCCCAUUGUCUACACAAUAUUUUUUGGCCUCAAAAAAUAAAUUGACAGGAAGUAUCCCCCCAAUGAUAUGUAAGGUGCAUGCUCUAGAAGUCCUUGAUGUGUCUAAUAACCAAUUGACUAGUCAGAUUCCACAAUGUUUGCUGAACUCAAGCAAUUCUCUUGUAGUAUUGGCUAUGAAAAAUAACCACUUUCAAGGAAACAUGCCUGAAACAUUCAAAAAUGGAUGUAGUUUGGUGACACUAGACUUGAAUCACAACCAAAUACAUGGGAAGAUUCCACGAUCACUUGUCAAAUGUAAAAUGCUAGAAGUUUUGAAUCUUGGAAAUAACAAAUUGAAUGAUACAUUCCCUUUCUGGUUGGAGUCUUUACCAGAGUUACGGAUUCUUGUCUUGCAAGCAAAUAGAUUCCAUGGUCCUAUAUGGGAUCCACAUGUAAAUUUUGGCUUAUCCAAGCUACAUGUCAUUGACCUCUCUCACAAUAAUUUCUCUGGCAAGUUACCAUCAAAGUUCUUUCAAAAUUGGAGUGCAAUCUCAAGGGUCUCUGACAAAGACAAAUCACAACCAGGGUACAUGGGAGAUGGCUCCAGUUAUUACAAAGACUCAAUGACUAUAGUGAAUAAAGGAGUAGAAGUGGAAUUGGUAAAAAUCUUGACCAUCUUCACAGCUAUUGAUCUCUCUGACAAUAGGUUUUUUGGAGAAAUUCCAGAUAGCGUGGGGAACCUCAAGGCACUAAUUGUACUCAAUUUAUCAAGCAAUGACUUUACGAGCCAAAUUCCAUCAUCUUUGGGAAACUUAGUUGAGCUUGAAUCUUUGGAUCUUUCUCGAAAUAGCAUCUUUGGUGAAAUCCCUCAACAGCUAACAAGUCUCACGUUUCUUGAGUAUUUAAACCUCUCUCAAAAUCAACUUUUUGGUCCAAUUCCACAAGGUGGGCAGUUUUCGACGUUUCAAAGUUCCUCUUUUGAGGGAAACUUUGGAUUGUGUGGCUUUCAGCUGUCAAAGAAAUGUGGAAAUAAUGAGAUACCAACUUCUGAAAUGAGAAAUGAAUCAUCAUUGGGACAAGGAUUUGGUUGGAAAGUGGUAGUGAUAGGAUAUGCUUGUGGAUUGGUAAUUGGAUUGGUUAUUGGACAUGUUGUCACCACAAAAAGGACACAUUGGCUUAUGAGAAAUUUUGGAGUGAACUUACAUACGUGAAGAUUAAGACUAGUAGAGGCACUUGCUAUAGAUUUACAGUGAUUGUAAUGAUUGUAUUUAAGUGUGUAAUAAGUUAAGUCUUGUUGAGUGU